GUCUCCCCGGGACUGUGCAGGGCCGGGCGGGUUUAUGGCGGCCAGCGGCCGCGGCGCCGGGCCCCGCCAUGGAUCCGGCCGGGGCGCGCGCUGAGCGGCCGCACGCAGCCCCCCGCAUGGCGCUGCUGCCCCCGGCCGCCGGGGACCCCCCGCCGCUGGGCCUGCGGGAGCCGCCGAGGCGGAGACGCUCCCCGGACGGGACGGGCUCCAGGCGGCCCCGGGCGCGACCGAGCAGCAGCAGCAGGGCCUCGCCGGGGCUGGAGGAGCCGGGCCGCCGGGAGCCUGCGGUGGAGCCGGGCGGACGGAGCCCGCUGGAGCUGGAGGAGCCGGGCAGCAGGGAGCCGUCCCCGCUGUGCCUGGAGCUGGGCGAGCCCGGGGCGGCGGCGCGGUGCCGGCGGGGCGGGGGGCCCCCCGGGCGGGGCCCCGGGGGGCUGUCGGUGAAGAUGGCCUUCCGCCGCGCCUACUCCAUCAAGGACAAGCUGCAGGCCAUCGAGCGGGUGAAGAAGGGCGAGCGGCAGGCCUCGGUGUGCCGGGACUUCGGGGUGCCCGGCGGCACGCUGCGCGGCUGGCUCAAGGACGAGCACAAGCUGCGCUGGUUCCUGGACCAGCUGGGCGGCGAGGUGGGCACCCAGCGCAAGAAGAUGCGCCUGGCCAACGAGGAGGAGAUCGACCGGGCCGUCUACACCUGGUUCCUCACCCUGCGACAGCACGGCGUGCCGCUCUCCGGGCCCAUCAUCCAAGCCCAGGCCGAGGCCUUCGCCCGCCAGAUCUACGGGCCCGAGUGCACCUUCAAGGCCAGCCACGGCUGGUUCUGGCGCUGGCAGAAACGGCACGGCAUCUCCAGCCAGCGCAUCUACGGCGAAGGCGGUGGAGGCGGAGGGGGGGACCCCGCCGCUCCGGGGACCCCGCCGCUCAAGGCUGAGCUGGAGCCCGGGGCCCCCUCUUCCGCCUUCCCGGACCCUUCGCUGCUCCUGCCCCCGCCGCCGCCUCCUCCAGCCGCCGCGGCUCCUUCAGACGGGGGAGGCUACGGGGACGAGCAGAUCUACAACGCCAAUGUAACCGGACUCUACUGGAAGCUGCUGCCGGGCCAGGCUGGGGAGCUGCGGGCCCAUUCCCCCUGCCUGCAGGCUCCCCCCCGUCGGAGGCUGGUGGUGAAGGAGUGCGUCACCGUGCUGCUGGCGGCCAACCUGACUGGCUCGCACAAGCUGAAACCGCUGGUGGUCGGGGGGCUCCCAGACCCACCCAGUCUCCGGCACCACAACCAGGACAAGUUCCCAGCCUGCUACCGCUACAGCCCCGAGGCCCGGCUCGGACCUGCCCUUCUCCGGGCCUGGUUUUUUGAAGACUUUGUGCCAGGAGUCAAGCGUUAUCUGCGUCGCAGCUGCCUCCAGCAGAAGGCGGUGCUGCUUCUCAGCAGCCCCCCGCCACCCUCCGGUGCUGGCCCAGAGGAGCCACCCCAGCUGCAGACCCCAGAUGGCUCCAUCCGAGCCCUCUUCCUCUCCAAGGCUGCGGCAGGGGGCAGCUCGGCGGGAGGGGGAGGCCGUAUCCCAGCCCCGCUGGAGCAAGGCGUGGUGUCCGCCUUCAAGCAGCUCUACAAGCGGGAGCUGCUGCGAUUGGCCGUGUCCUGUGUGGCCAGUGGGGGAGGCGGCCCGGCUGGGGGGCCCAGCCCAGCUGGUGGUGGGAGUGGCCCCCUGGACUUCGUGCGCUCUUUCCUGCUCAAGGACAUGCUAUACCUGGCUGGCCUCUCCUGGGACCUCAUCCCUGCUGGCUCCAUCGAGAAGUGCUGGCUGCUGGGGCUGCGUGCUGCUUUUGAGCCCCAGCCUGGGGAAGAGGAACAGGGGGAACCGCUGGGUGGAGACAGCAAGGUCUUCAGCGAUCUCACCCACCUGGCUGCCCUGGCCUAUAAACGCCUAGCACCUGAGGAGGUGGCCAACUGGCUGCACCUGGACGAUGCGGCGCCAGGCAUGGAGGGGGAGGAUGGGGAAGGGGAUGGUGGGGAUGAAGGACCUGGAGGCUGUGGCGGGGAUGAGGAUGAGGAGGCAGCAGGGGUGGAUGCAGGUGGUGGGGGGGGCAGUGGAGUGGAGGACGGAGGGGAUCCCCCACUGCCCACGGCCCGGGAAGCCAUCAGGGGCUUGGAGACAGCACUACGCUGGCUGGAGAGCCAGGACCCCCGGCAGGUGGGACCACUCAAGUUGGUGCAGCUCCGCUCCCUCAUUAGUAUGGCCCAGCGGCUGCACCAAGGGGGUAGCUCAGACUCAUAGGGGGUGCGAGGGGGACUGGAGCUGGUCAGCCACCUACUGCUGCACCUUUGGGGGUGUAGCCCCACCAAACUCCCAUGGGAUGGAUGGGGACUAACCCCACUCUGCAAUGGGGGACCCAACCCCCCCACCCAUCAUUGCUAGGGAGUGGGAUCUAAUACCUCGUGGGGCUCAGAUGUCCCUCCCCCUGGGGCUACCCCCUGUCACUGAGGGGUAAGCCUACUUCCUGGGGUUAAUAAGGGGGGAUAACCCCCCAUAAAAUGUCAUCACUUGAGGGGUAUUCCUCACUCUAAACAUUAUUGGGAGGUGCUAUUCCCUACUUAUGGAAUAUAGGGGGAUAAUUCCCAGCAACAUCACUGGAGGGCUAAUCCUUACCCCUGACAUCCGCAGAUCCGCCCUCCCCCCCCCCCCCAACCUAUGGGGCAGAGGUUGGGGCCCAAUCUCUGUAUCCAGUGUCGCUGCAAGGAAGGGGCUUACCCCCAUUCUCCUGGGAUUGAGGGGAAACUAACCAAUGGCCCUGAGAAGGGCUGAGGCGGGGGACUGGACCUCUGUGGGACAGAGAAGGCACGCUGCCCCCUAGCUUGACUGAGAAGGAGGGGAUUGUCCCUCACACGAGUGGGACUGAUGAAGAUGGCGGAGCUGUGAGAUGGUCGGCAGUAAGAAUCCUGCUGUGAGGGGAAGGGGACAUGCAUGGCUCCACACCACCAAGAGAGGCUCUUCCUCCUCGAGUUGUAAAGAGGGAAAACAGAUGCUGGGCAAGGAACGAAGCUAAACGGAUCGCUUGGCUGCAGUCUCGCACGCCAAGUUCUGUGGAGGUGAAUCCAGGUGGCGGCAGCAGCCUCACGGUCUAGACCCAAAUCAUCAAUGGACUGUAGCUGCUACCAGGAUGUAAACUGGCAGCCACGUGCUUGGGUAUCUUUUUGUAAGAACUAACGUUAAACUCUGGAGGGGGCUGGUCAUUCAUACCCUUCCCAUUUGCUAACUGGUUGCUUGUUAAACUAGGGUGGGUUUAAAACGGGGGUGGGUUUUACAUGCACUGGAUUAGAACCGGUACACUCUGGGCUGGGGGUGCUCUUAAUACGCUACAGGCCACCCCGAGAGCUGGUGAGCUAAUGUAACCUCCAUGGCUACUUUAUGUGCCCGAGGGUUGCUAUAGCUCGUAAACCAUGGAUACGUCAGACUUUUUAAAAAUUCAAAUACCAUUUUUUGCAAUCUUCUUAUAGCAAAACAGUUAAGCCUGGUGGCUAGGAAGAGAAUGAAAUUCCCUUCAGCGGUGGGACAUUCUGCAGGCAGAAGAUUCUUGGUUUUGCCUCUAUGGAGGCUGUUAUAGCGAGGCAGCUUGUAACAUGUCCUGCAGCUGGAGUGAAGCAGGAAUUGGAGGGGCCCACAACAAUUAUAUUAAAAAAUAGAGACGUGAGAUUCCAAUUGGAAUCUUUUUUUUUUUUUUUUUUUUUUUUUUUUUUGGCCUGGUUUUAAAAAAACUACUUUUAGUCUGGCUAUUUAGCAAAAAAUAAAAAAUAGUUAGUUGAACAGUCCUGCAUUGUGGCAGGUGGGGAUGGAUACUUAGCCAUGUUUCCAUCUCAUAACUUCAGAGUCUAUGAAGAUCUAAUCAAUUUCUGUUCCACUGGGGGGGGGUUGGUAAAUCGUCCCCUUAGCAGGAUGUAUAGUGAAGCAAAAUAGAUUUUAAUGUUACUUGUCGUCUUCAAAUGAUGUGGCAAUUAAGUUUUUGAUUUACCCCUUGAAAUUGCAUUAACUGUACAUGAUUCUCCUAAAUUUGUUUCAAUAGGCAAAGUCAUCCCGUUACCUGUUUAAAAAACAAAACAAAACACUGGCUGCUCUGAAAAAGAAUCUCUUGAAUUGUAGUUCAACUCUUGCUUCUGAGCCCAUGAACUAAUACUGAGACUUGUUUACAAAAUAAAAUCUCAUAGCUUGAGACCAAGAAGAGUGAAUAAAUUGAUACCAUUGCCUUAUAGACCUGGUUUUCUCCAUUUGGAUAAUCAGCUCUGAAUAGUAUCCUUUAAAACUGGAAUUCCAGCUUCUGCUUUGGAGUACCUUUAUUAGGGACAGGUGAAGACUGCCUGCUAGCAUAUGAAAGACAGUUAAUUUAGGAAACAAUAGAGAGACAAAAACUAGCACGAAACUGACAGCAGAGUUCAUGUUACAAGGAAACUGUCUUUUCAAAAAUAUAAAGGUAAAUUCCACUACAGUAAUGUUAAACACUUAGAUUACUGGAGCCAUAUGCACUUUUAAAAAAGAUCUGUCUUUAUUUUUGCUGUUCAAUUUGCACUGUCUUCAGAGCCAGCAUAUGAAAAUAGUCCAAUCAAUUUCAGUUUUCUCCCUGUCACAUACAAGGAUAUGGCAGUGUUUGAGUUGUGUAUACUAUGGGAAAGUUUUAAGUUACAUAAUUACACUGAUUUACUUUGAUUAUUUAAAAAUAAUUUCUAUUACAUUUUGUAAUUUUUUUUUAACAAAACUUAAAUUUUCGCCCUAAGCUACCUGUAUCACUUGAAAAUAGGUCAGCAAUUUGUAUAUUGCUGAAAGAUCUCCUUUAGUCAAACACUAGUCUUUGGCUCAAUACAGAGGUAAUGUGGUGAAAUUAUAUGGCCUCUCUUAUACAGGAGAUCAGACUAGGUGAUCUAAUAGUCCCUUUUUGGCCUAAAAUGUCUGUGAAUCUCUGUGAAGAUUUAAAAUGUCACUCUUUGAAGGAGAGUUGGAAUUCUGAGAGACAGUGAUUUCUCGUGUGGAGCUUCAUAUGUCACUUAGGGAUGGGGGAAAGAUCCCACUUAAGCCUAAAAAUUAUGAACCAACUACAGCUUCUGGUUCCAAAGGACUAGACUGUUAGGAAGAUGGAAGGAGGUGAAGGACUUCAGUCAAGCUGUUGACCCUGUGGCAGGCCAGCUAAUCUCUGCAGUUACUAAUAAAUAAAGUUAAUAAAUUUCCUUUAUUUUUGAAAUUAGCAUGGCUGGCAAGUGAAAAGUGACUACACAAACGUCCUUGAUGGGAUCCCUGUUUGUCUUUCAGUGACUCCAGAUAAAAUGUACGGUACCCAAUUGUCAAGUAAAAAGAUGUAUUUUAUAAGUACUGGUGCAAUAGACUCUCCUCUCAGGAUCUGAAAGUCAAGCAGGGUUCUUACUUUGCAUCAUCACAAGGAAUAAAGAUUCCAGAGCUGGAAUUUAUUUGGCAAGUCUGUUGAUGAUGCAUGUGACAGAGUAGAUGCCAGCUCUCAUGAGCUGCUUUAUAUGUAUAUGGCUAAGAGGUGUAGGAACGUUUAUCGGAAAAGGGAUCUGUUAAAGGAUAAGCCAUUAACUACAAAAAUCAGGAGUAAACACGGCAAAAAAGUAAGUAGUACCUGGUUCAAAAAAUAAUGUAAUUAGAACAGAUUUCCUUAAAUCAGUAAGGAUUUAACUUCAGUUUUUAUAAACAUUUUGCUAAAAGCUCAUUUUAAAAGUACUCCCCCUCAGUCUGAUCAGUGUCAUUAAGGGAACCAGGAAAAGAUUAUUAGGAAAAUACAGUGAAUGCUUGGGACUCGGGUGGACUGUUUGAAGGAACAAAACUGAUUUCCUUUGUUUCCACUACUGCAAAGGGAAAGGCCCCACCCUAAAAUUCUUAGUUGGUGUGAGCAAAGUGUAGCUCAGAGCUUGGCAAGAUGGAAUAUUACAUGCUGGGACAUGUAGUGUCUGGGUUGAGCCUCAUAAAAACGACAGUGGCUGUAAAAUGUUCUUUUUGUGUAACUUAGGUUCAUCCCUCAGCCUUCCAGCAAGCUUUCAGUGUUAGUCCCGGUUGGGCAAAGUUUGGAUAGCACUGGGACAUACCUGUAUGGAAACUAGGGGUGGCUAAAGCAGCAAGCCGAAAGGUGAAACAACCAUCAGAGAAGCAGCGAAAUCCACUGGAGGAGAGGAUUCAAGAAGUUAGGAGUAAUCAACGGUGCCAUGGCUUUCAGAGGCUUAGGAUGGUGAGGAUGGAGUAAAAGUGUUGUGAUUUUGGUCUGGACGAGAGCUCUGUCUCACUGGUGUGUAGAGGGUGGAACCCAGUUGGAAAGUCAAGGAUCAAAUUGGAAGGUGAUGUCAGAUCUUACUCAAGAAAUCUGGAAGAUCCUAUGUGAGAAGGGCAGGAGAGAGUCAAAAGUAGCAAAAUGAGCUGAGGCUACAGGUGUGAUGGAGGAGAAAUGAAAAAGCUGGCAGAAUUAAAGGAAGAGAGUAAAUUUGUAGUGGAGGAAAUCCGCAUAAUCAUGUGACUUACCCCCGAGAUGAUUAAUACCACCUGAACAAGAGUGGAGACAAUGGGUGUAUUGUGUUUUUUAGCUGCCAGGUGGCUCAGAGGAGACCUGAGAAGAUGCUAUCCCUGCCCCAGAGAUCUGACAAUCUAAAUAUUUGCUGACAUGAAUGAAGGUGACAAAGAGGUGAUGAAGUAAGGGAGGUACAAGCUAUACCAUCACACUGAUAAGCCAUGUAUGUAUGUUCACAAUUAGGGAGUAUAGAAAAAUAAUUGGAGCUCAUUUUAGCAUGUUGGUGAAGUUAUGUAAUUUCUAGAUAGGCAACAAUCUGGAAACUUUCUACUGUUUUUAAGAAACAUAAAUAAAUAAUGGUAAACUUCA